UUCAGCACGAAUUUACACAGAGCUGGACGAACACGUGAUGCCAAACCGCUCACUUGGGAUAAGUUCUUCGAUGAGAAUCGCCAAGUCGAUGUAGAUGGUGAUAGCUUCAACGUCUAUCUCAAGGGUAAUACUGGACCAGUAUUUUAUUUCCUUCAUGGCGGCGGAUACUCUGGAUUGACAUGGGCAUGUCUUGCGGCUGAACUUAGCAGUCGUAUCCAAUGCCGACUGUUAGUGCCCGAUCUUCGCGGACACGGGAAAACGCAUACUAAAGACGAGAAAGAUCUUUCAGUUGAGCGACAGACAAGAGAUAUUAUCGCAAUUUAUAAUGCAGUCUUCGGCGCCGAAUGUCAAGAGGAUCCACCUCUUGUGUGUGUUGUUGGUCACAGUAUGGGUGGCGCACUGGCGGUACACGUCGUUGCCACAGAUGAAAUUCCAAAUGUGGUCGGUUUAGUGGUCAUCGACGUUGUGGAAGGUUCAGCUAUGGAUGCUCUCGCGGGAAUGCGAACAUUCCUGCGCGGACGUCCGAGCAGUUUUGAGUCUGAAGAGAAAGCUAUCACGUGGUGCCUCCAGUCAGGUGCCACUAGGAAUCGAGAGGCUGCCAAGAUCUCGAUGCCAUCACAAAUCAAAAAGACUGAGGAUGGAAAGUAUGUAUGGCGUAUUGAUUUGAUGGAUACGGAACCGUAUUGGGUUGGUUGGUUCCAAGGCUUGUCGGCCAAGUUUCUCUCGUGUGGCCCUCCAAAAUUGCUAGUACUUGCGGGUGUUGAUCGACUCGAUAAGGAUCUAACGAUAGCCCAAAUGCAAGGCAAAUUCCAAAAUACGAUUCUUCCCAAAGUGGGCCAUGCAGUGCAAGAGGACAGUCCCGAUCUGAUUAGUCUGACGAAGUUGGGCCUUCGAUUCCUCAUGUCGAAUAAUCGAUAUUCGCUGAAGCUCCGCACAAGAAGGAGCCACGGCCCGUGGCACGCCGCACAUCCCAUUGCUACGAGUGCGGUAUGGAAUGAUAUCUAA